UUGAUUUGUUGUUGAAGAAUAAAAUUAUUAUGAAAUUGUUAUGAUUUGUAGUCUAAAAUACAAGAUUUUUCAGUUUAAUCAGUGACUUUCUGAUACAUAAUCUAUCCACCGAAUAUAGCAAAGUACACAAGAGUGAGCAUUCUGAAUGAUAACAAUUAUGUUCUUAGGAAGUGCCUUUAUGGUCUAAGGAUAAAAUGUAACAAGGCAGUGUAUUGAAAGUUGUUGCUGCUAAUAUGUCAUCAUCAGGACACGAGGAUCGUCAGAGGAACCCGCAGCAUGCGUCAGGGCCCAGGCCAUGGAAUAAUCAACCACGUUGGCAGGCAAAUCCAGUGAGGGACAACCAUCAGUCCAUAAGGCACCAGAAUUAUAGGCCGUCUGGACCAAAUAUGAAAUCGCAGAUAGAGCCUCGAAAAACUGCACCAUUUCAAAACCACCCAGCUCCAUGGGCACAACAGGUACAAAAUCGACCGAAUAUCCCCCAAAGGUUUGAAGACAGAAAACCCAACUACCAAUUUGGCAAUCAACAGGGCUCUCGCCAAAUUUCGCCCAGACGUAGAUUUUCCCCAGGAAAAAUGUCUCCUGGCAGACGAAUGUCUCCUGGUAGAAGGAUGUCUCCAGGCAGAAGGUUUUCUCCUGGAAGAUUUUCUCCUGGCAGAAAAUGCUCCCCUGCCAGGAUUUCUCCUAGUAGACGAUUAUCACCUGAAAGAUAUUCUUCUGGUAGACAAUUUUCACCUGGAAAGAAUUCUUCUGGAAGACGAUUCUCACCAGGUAGAAGCUCUCCUAGGAGAGAACUCUCUACACGAAGGGUGUCUCCAGGAAGAUUCUCUCCUGAUAAAAGAAAUUCCCCUGGAUUCCGAAUGUCCCCUACCCGAGGAAGAAUUUCCCCAGAUAAAAGACAAGAACUCAAUGAUAGAUAUAGAAGAAUGUCUCCAGGACGACAAUUUUCUCCAUCUCGAAGGAUGUCUCCAUUCGGUAGACAAAGCCCAAGAAGGUCUCCUAACAGAAGACUUUCACCUUUUGGUAACAAUGCACCUAGAAGAGCAAUGUCACCUAGAGAUAUCCCAAUGGAUCGGCCGUACCGCGAAGAUUUUCCAGAACGAAGGUACUCGUCAAGACGCUCACCGCCACGCGGCCCUUCGCCGAAUCGUAAUGCCAGGUACUCACCGUCCCAGGUUGAAGAUGAUCAAUAUGACUCAGGUUCCUUCAGGAGUGUAAGACCAGCCUACGAUAAGAAUACGCACCGAGAUUCGUUUUCGUCUGAUUACCAGCGAAAAGAUGAUAAGUCUUAUCCGAGGCACAGUCCAACCGAAGAUUCGCGCUGGUCGAAUAAAGAACAGAGAUACCGUGGCCAAGAAGAUAUGAACAAGCCAGGUCUAAGCGAUUUGUUAGAGCAAAGAGCCAUGGAAGACCAUAAAAAGUGGUCCUUGCGAGAUCGAUCACCGAUUCGUGACUACCGCAAGCGUUCUCCGUCGCCUCGUUCUUCGAAACCGUGGUCACGUGAGAACCGAAGCCCUGAAGCUAAGGCUCCUCCACCUCCCGUUUGGCCUGGACAAAGCGACGCCCAAUCAGAAAACAGAUCGGAAUUUUCCGGAAAUAUUAUAAAAGACCUCGAACCUUGGCAGCGUAAAAUUGAAGAGUUGCGAAGACGUGGUCACCAAAACAUUGACGAAAAAAGAGCCCACUCGAACGAUAGAGCGUCGCCGAAUCGUUUUGAAAGCGAUCGUUAUACAGGGCGAAACGAUAGAUUUGAGAGGCGAGUCAAUGAAGACUUAUUGACUCGUGAAAGAGGUAGCUCUAAAGAGAAACCUCUGUUCAGCCGCGAUAAUGAUAGAAGGACAUAUAGAAGCAGAAGUAGGUCUCCCUAUAGGAGAGACGAAAUAGCAAAUACUAGGGGAGAAAUCGAACAUUUCGAUAUUAUGGCAAAACCGGACAAAUUUUAUAAAGAAAUAGAGGAUGUAUGUAAGAGAGCCGAGGACUUUACCAAAAAAGCUGAGCUAUUACGCAAAGGGGACAGAGGAGGUCCUUCUAAAGAUAACUACAGAGGCACAACUAGCGAAUACAAAGACGACAAACAGUUUGAAAUUAAAAAAGAGGAAAAUGAAAAACCUGUACAUGGUCCGUCAAAGGGCAUUCAAAUAAAGUUGAGAGAAAAGCCACGUGAUGCGAAAACAACUAAAUAUGAGUUAAGUGCAGAGACAAAGGCAAAAAGGGAGAAAGCAGUUAAUGAAAUAUCUGAAAAGUUUAUGUCCAAGUAUGGAAGAGAUUUCGCUGGCGAUUUACAUAAACGCAUCCAUCAAGAACUGAAAGAAGAGAUAGGGCGUAUAUUAUUCGACAUGUUUGGCAAUGAAGAUGUAUCCUUUAUAGAAAGCGUUAUCAAAUUCAACGCGAGACAUAAAGAUGAGAUGGACAUUUUCAAGAGAGUUGCGACCAGCGUACUUAAUAAUUCCAUGAAUCUAGCAUCUCAAAGCUCAGAGGAAACCGACGUACCCGCAGAAAUAUCUGAGCCUGUCUCAAAAUUCAGUAAAGAACAACUGCCUGUAGCAAACGCAGCGCAAUGGAAUGUAGGUGUUAGCGAUCCUGCUAUGUAUCCGAUGGGCGCUGUGCCGCCUGUAGGUGUAAUGGUUCCCAUGCAACCACAGUAUCCAUACGUUCCGCCGUACGAGCCAAUCCCUCAACCGGUACCACCAGUCAUAGAGACAAACUCUGAUGAUUUGAACUUGUAUCUAUGCAAAGACGAUCUCUCUCCUUUCAAUCAACUGGAAGAGGAGGCUUUGAAAACUUACAUCGUCGACAAAUUAUUCAAAUUCAACCAAAUGUCCCAAGGAUGGUCCCCUGAAUUCACUCUCAGCACCCAAGCUAACGCGUUUCGCCGCGAGAUCAUAACAAAAGACUAUAGGUCGAGGAAUUGGCUUCUGAAUUUGGAUUUCAGUCAGUUCACAAUGUUCAACGUACUCAUACACACUCCCGAGGAGCUAUGGUAUGUGCGCGCGGCUAUCUGGUUGCCCGGCCAUUCCAGGUGCAAAAACAUCGAGCCCCUCGAAAAGCUCAAGCUGCAGAACAAACAUUUGGACGGGGUCGAAAUAGGUAAGUGGAAGUUCGUCAAAAAGAUCGUAACGGAGAAGGGGACGCGUCUCUACGUCGAUAUACCUCCGGCUUCCUCGCGCAAGUUGGCCAAAUGUAAAAUGCAGCUUAGCUACGAGUUACAGAAGGUGAGCGUGUUCUUGAAAGCGGAUGCGGUGGACAAAGACGUCUUCGAUCAGGGGCUCCGCGAUAAAUCCAUUGCGAAACUACCCCCAUCCCAGAACGCUCAGCUACCCCUACUUCCUAACGAGCCUGCGGUCACGAAGUUUGCGCUCGCUGGAAAUAAACAGCUGAACCCGUCAUCGGCACGCAAGAUAAAAGAUCAGCUCGUAUACAAGUUGUAUAAAUAUCUCCAAGAGGGCGGUACCAGUAAAACGGAUUUCUUGAAGUACGGCUUCUGCCGCCCCGGCCAUUUUGGAGUGGUGGCGGAAAAUGAGGAAUCCAGACGUUGGUUGUGUUCGAUACAGUUGGGCGAGAUUAUGAACAAACGCGUCCUUGUCGUCGGAGCCGACAACACGCGCUACAUCAAAAUGUAUCUAGAUUUCCCCAGAAUGUAUUAUACGGUGUCGAGCACGAGCGUUGUGUUCAAAAAUCUUCGCCAGUAUAAUCAAAACAUCAAGGGUCUGAAUUUCGAUGUUUGGAAGAGCGCAGCGAUGUCUGAGAAACGUAGCAAUUGUAUUGAAGUUGAAAUGGACGUGGAGUCAGUUGAAACCUUAUCAAAGAACGGAUUCCGUAUGAAUUAUAUACUGGACCAUCCCGUCACCGUCACUUCAGAAUAUAACCCGGCAAAAUUGGCUGAAAUAAUAAAGAUGUAUAAAGCGGAAAUGAGCGAUACUUAUGACGUCGCCAAUAUGGAGAUAAGUGAUGAUGAUGACGACGUUAUUUUGUGUGAAUAGUAUAUUCUAUGUUUCUAUAUCUAUAACUAUUCGUAUUUUGUGGGUGUCUUUUUCUUUAAUAAAUGUAAGCUUCAGAA